AUAAUACACAUGAAGUCUUCAUGGUAACUACUGAGGAAAUUGAAAAGUCAGAGGACGAAUGGCAUAUUUCUUCUGAAUAUAACUCUAUUAAAGAUAAUGAAGAAACAUGGUUUGAGGAACAAUUACUUCAACAAUUCUCCAAC